AUGGCAGCCACCGCCCCCGACCCAGACCAAAACGCGCCCGACGCCGUGCGCGGGUGGGCGCACCACGCCGACGUGGCCGCCGCCCUGGACCCGCUGCUGGACUCCGCCGUGCGCGACGUCGUGCUGGGGGCGCACAGCUACGCCGGCUUCGUGACGCACGAGGCCGCCGCCGCGGGGAGGACGGCCGACGAGCGGCGCGCGCUAGGGCUACGGGGCGGCGACGACAAGGCCAUCGUGUACCUGCAGGCGAUCGCGGUGGCGGAGGGGAGGGCAUGUCGGGUCACCAUGGGGCUGUCCGGCGGCACGGGGAGGCUGCCGCCGUGGUAUGAGGAUCAGGACGGACUCGGCGUGACCAAGGACCAAUACUGGUCCAUCUUUUACGGCAACGUGGACGACAAGAUGGCCAAGGACUUAUUUGCCGCGACGAGCCGCCACCACAGCAUGGCCUGCUUCUGA